AUUAUGCUUCCGGCUCGGCCGGGGUAGGGCAAGAAGCGGAGAAGCCGCGGCUACCCCCGUGUUGGUAUUAUAUUGUUCGCCCCGGCUGUCGCCAAUGUGUGACCCGCGGGAACUCCGCAGCCGAGCCGGCGGCGCCAACGGUCGCCGGCGCCAACGGUCGAAACCGAACCUAGCAUCAGUGAUGGACAACUUCCGAGACGACAACUUUUCACCCAGGCCUGACGCAAAUGAACUGAAUCAGGCAAUGGCAGUAGAUACAUCUCCAGAUUCCAAAUGUCCAAUCUGCCUGGACACAUUUGAAAAUGUAGCCUUCUUGGACCGUUGUUGGCAUAGAUUUUGUUUCCGGUGUGUCCAGGAAUGGUCCAAAAACAAAGCAGAGUGUCCACUCUGUAAACAGCCUUUUCACUCCAUCCUACACAGUAUGAGAUCUGAAGAUGACUUUAAGGUAUACACCGUAAGGCCUUCAGAAACUGAAUCAUUCGCUAACCCUAAUGGGAGGCGAUUCCGUUACCGGACUACAUUGACAAGACAACGCCGUGCUCCUGUUUAUUCCCAAAGAAAUUCUGCCUCUCAAAGGACAGUGUCUCCUCCAGAUAAUGGAAUCCUAUUUGAAGGAUUGUCAGGUCAGACAACACAACAAAGAGAAGCAGAAAUGCAUCAAAUGAUCAGACGACUUGCAUCAAGGAGGCAAGCUAGUUUAGAGGGCAGAACUAUGAGACAGAUACAAGAAGCAGAAAUAAUAAGUUUUCGAAGAGCUCUGUAUCGGUCUGGUACGCGUGUAAGAAGCAUUGAAGAUGGAGGGCGCUAUAGAGAUAUAUCAGCUGAAUUUUUCCGCAGAAAUCCUGCCUGUCUUCAUAGACUAGUUCCAUGGCUAAAGCGUGAGCUCACAGUCCUUUUUGGUGCUCAUGGAUCUCUAGUCAACAUUGUGCAACAUAUCAUCAUGAGUAAUGUGACUAGGUAUGAUAUGGAGAGCCAGGCAUUUUCUGACGACUUAAAACCUUUCUUACUCCAUCGCACAGAGCAGUUCUUACAUGAGUUUAUCAGCUUUGCUAGAUGCCCUUUUAAUAUAGAUGCAUAUGAUCAGCAUGCCAACUAUGACUGCCCUGCUCCAUCAUAUGAAGAAGGAAGCCGUUCAGAGUCCUCCAUUAUUACAAUCUCUCCAGAUAGUGACGAACCCAGUUAUAGUGCCUUCACAAGUGGCACUAGCCAAGCACCUUGGGAUGAUGAAACACCUGGGCCAUCUUACUCUAGCUCAGAGCAGGUACGUGCUAGCUUAACAACUGCGUUAGAUACUUCAGAAAGUUCUGAUGGAGAACCUUCUUCAAAUGCAGCAGUGGUGCAGGCGCAGUUACCAGCUAAUGUAGACAUGAAUGGGGAUAGUUGUGAUUCCUCUGACAACUGUGUUAUUGUUGGCUAUGUGAAACCACUAGCAGAACGAACACCUGAACUUGUUCAGCUGUCUUCGGACUCUGCAGAAUCAGGUGAGGCCAGAAAAACUGAAGAAGUGAAGCAAGUGCAGCCCAUACAGUAUCACAGUUUUAGUGAUACUGAUGCUAGUGGGUACGCAUCACCGUUCUCCAUUGGUUCCAGAGAUGGUAGUGCCAGUAACAAGACCAAUGUCUCCCCAUCGAGUAAAAAACGAAAAUCUAAGAGGAGUGAAAAAGAGAGAAGUAAGUCAAGGGAGUCUGCUACUUGGUUACAAAGCCCAUCUACAGGACAAGUUGAUGAUGGUUGCAGUUUACCCAAACGAAGGAAAACUGAAUCUUCUGCACAGCGUUCUCAUCGAGAGCGCCAUGGCCAGAAAAGUAAAAGGAAGCAUCGCAGCAUGGAAAAAAAGAAAAGGAAGAGAGAUGGCAGCCGCCAUAAGCACCGGAAGGACAAAAAGAGGUCAAGAACCCGAGACAAGAGCCUGUCUCGAAAAAGCCAGGCUCUCUCUCUUAGUAGUGAGAGUGCUGGUUCUAGAGAAAUGAGCAGGUCAAGAUCCCGCAGCAAUGAGUACAUCAGAACGUCAAAGAGCAGAGAUGAUGAUUAUUACUUAAAAGACAGUUACGAAAGCAAGUAUAAAUGUGAAUACACUUUUUACAGCUGUAAUACCACCCAAGAUGGUUAUGAAUCAUCAUACAGGAGGCGGAUGCAGGCGAGGGCUCAGUAUUCGAGGGAAAAUGCUAGUCCAGAUUACGAAAUGCAGUCCUUUUCUGAAAGGACACACCGUAGUCGAAGUCUAAGAGGUCAUAGUGAAAACAGGUGGUAUUAUUAUGAAAGACAUCGGUCUAGAAGUCGAUCGAGCAGCAGAUCUCAGACUCCUGCCCGGGGGCUGGAUCGCAUACGAUCUGAAAAGCCCAGUGGGAAGCGGAAAUAUAAAACCCGUCACUUGGAAAGCGCACACAGAGGGAGUGAAGAGGCUUCCUCUGCAAAGGAACGCAGUGCCCUUGAAACUGCGUUGGUCAAGUACCAGGGCUUUCACAAAAAGGCCACAAGCCUGGACAGCCAACCAGAGUUAGAAAUUCGACACAAGAAGCGGAAAAAACGGUCAAGAAGCCCAAGUGUGGAAAUUAUUUAUGAAGGGCAAGCCACAGACACGACAAGGCAUCACAAAAAGAAAAGAAAGAGAGAGAAGAAAUCCCGCAAAAGCCAUGUGAGCCACUCACCAUUUUCUUCUCCAGUUGUAAUUACAAUCAAUAGCGACAGUGAUAAAGACACAGGAAUCCAGGAUAAUACUGACUGCAACAGUAACUUUUCCUGGAGUCCUACACUUCAGCCCAAUGAGAAAGAGACAGAAUCUCUCUCACCACUGGUGGAAGCCAGAGACUCUAGUUAUGGAGCUGGUGAAAGCGAAAAUGUGGACAAAGACAGCAGCAUGACCACUGCUAGGAAAGAGGUUGUGGGAGAGACUUCAAAUGCACUUGUACCACUGCAAGGAACAGCUAAUAGACAUGCACUGACUGUAACGGACGGAACUUCAUUUAACAUAGUGAAUCAGGCUAGUGCUGUUGAAAUUCAGUCUUUCAGCCAAUUGCCAGCUGUCAGAACCACAUUGUUCGUAAGACUGUCACAGAUGCUUAGAAAAGUUUCACAUCCACUGGACUCGCCAGAGCAGAAUGUUUAACUUUUAAAAAAAGUUUUAAAAGCUCUUCCCUAUUUGAAUUUUGAAAGCAACAAACUGUGUGAUUUCUGUGCUAAGAGUUAUUAAGUUACCUCUCUGUUAAGUAUGUCUUAUCAUUUUUUGUACUUAAGUCUAAGAAAGCCAAAUGUUGUUUUUCUGUACCAUUUCCUUAAGAGUUUAUGUUAAAUGCUUCCAAUGUCAUUUUCAUACUGUAUUUUCCCUCUGUAAUAUAGCUUCCUAAUACUUCAUUGUUCUUUUUAAAAAAUGUAAUAUUAGAAAAUUUUGAUGGUUGCUUUUUUAUUUGUGAAAAGGAAAAAUGUUC